CCAGAAGUAUCAUCCCACCCACGCGGACCAAACCCUCCUCCAAGCUGAGGAAAGGCACGCCAAGCCCAAGCCGAACCGACCCGCCCCCCUAAAAUCCCAAUCCCUUCUCUCCAUCCCCUUCCUCAACGAACGAACGAAUCCAAUCCCCCUCGCCCACGCAUCUCGCCCCGCCCCCCCUUUCCCUUCCGCCGCAAGCAACGACGGGCAGAGAGGGCGGUGACCGCCGGCGGCGAUGAGGUCGACGGACUCGUCGCGGUUCGUGCAGGAGCUGGUGCUGUACGCGGCGAGCGCGGCGCUCAGCUGCCUCGUCCUCUUCGCCGGACUCCGCCAGCUCGACCCCAACCGCGAGUCCUCCAAGAAGGCGCUCCAGCACAAGAAGGAGAUCGCCAAGCGCCUCGGCAGGCCCCUCAUCUCCACCACCCCCUACGAGGAUGUGAUUGCCUGCGACGUCAUCAACCCCGACGAGAUCGACGUCGAGUUCGAGUCCGUCGGCGGCCUCGACGAGGUCAAGCAGGCGCUCUACGAGCUCGUCAUCCUGCCCCUGCGCCGCCCCGAGCUCUUCGCCUACGGCAAGCUCCUCAGCCCGCAGAAGGGGGUGCUCCUCUACGGCCCGCCCGGGACCGGCAAGACCAUGCUGGCCAAGGCCAUCGCCAAGGAGUCGGGCGCCGUCUUCAUCAACGUCAGGAUAUCCAAUCUCAUGAGCAAGUGGUUCGGCGACGCCCAGAAGCUCGUGUCUGCCGUAUUUAGUCUCGCCAACAAGCUCCAGCCGGCCAUUAUCUUCAUCGACGAGGUUGAUAGUUUCUUGGGACAGCGACGGAACACAGACCAUGAAGCUUUGACUAAUAUGAAGACAGAGUUCAUGUCUCUUUGGGACGGUUUCACCACCGAUCAGAAUGCUCGUGUGAUGGUGCUUGCUGCUACAAACAGACCUUCUGAGCUAGAUGAGGCCAUCCUCAGGCGCUUCACGCAGAUAUUUGAAAUUGGGGUUCCUUCUCGCAGUGAAAGAAGCAAGAUACUUGAGGUUAUAUUGAAGGGAGAAAAUAUCGAGUCUAACAUUGAUUAUGAUUACAUUGCCAGUUUGUGUGAGGGCUUUACUGGGUCAGACAUCCUAGAACUGUGCAAGCAGGCUGCAUUCUAUCCUAUCAGGGAGAUAUUGAACAGCGAGAAAGAUGGGACAAGAGCAAAUAGUCCAAGACCCUUGAGGCAAUCGGACCUGGAGAAAGCUUUGUCAACAUCUAGAAAGGGAAAGAAGGCCGCAAGCAGUGCGGCGUCAGGUCUCCAGUCGCCUGAGUGGAUCCGGCCGUCGGAUCCUGAAGAUGACCAGGAAUACAGGGGAUAAACGAGAGAAUGAAGAACAGGGUUGCAGGGGCAUGCGCCAUGUAUGUGCAUCCAUCGAACCUUAAAACUAGAGAGCAUGAAUCAAGAAAAGGUAAGAUGUCUCACUUCAUUACCAUCUCGCUGGACUGGUGGUGCCGCUCGUUGCCAUCUUGCCAUCAAGGACAUGAACAACGACAUCAUCAGAUUGGUCUGACCUCGGCCCCGCGCUGGACUUGGACACCGGAACCACCGGUUUCGCCUGCCGCGACGGAAACGAGGCGGCUCGGCCUCCGCGCAAGGCAGCAAGCGGCCGCUUAACGCGCGACCGCGGCGAUGCCCAGCGUGCACGCCCAUGGCGCCACGCCUUCCAAGUGAGGUACGGGGCUCCCAGCGAGGAGCAUGCAGCAGCCCUCGGCCCGACGGUGCUCCUCUCGGCGUGCCGUGGCCAUCGGCCCUGGCGUUGUGCUUGGCUACACGCCCUCCCACUGCGCAAGUCGCAGACGGCAGCCUCGGUGCUCCGCGACGCGGCGUGGAAGACCGAGGCGAUGCCGCGGCCCUCGGCUCGCAACCGCGCAGGCCGGCGAUGGCCCUCCGACCCCUCAGGCGCGUGAUACGCCGCUCCUCUCGCCGACGGAGCGCCACCACGGCGCACAAGCUCUCCCGGCGACACCUCCGCGCCCUCCAACGCGAGGCGCGACGCUCCCUCCAUCCGGUCGGCCGUGUGGCAUGGUCGCACGGCUAAGGCGGCGGCCUGACGAGGCCAUGGAGAUGACCGGAGCAGCCCUUGGGAUUUCUCCCGAUUGGCAACCGCUCAGAGGAAGAAGAUAAGCCUUAUCUCUUCGCCUCUUUGCACCAAGUUCUCUGCAGUUGCAGGAAUUCGCAGAAUAGGCCGAAACAGUGGUCCAGGCAAAUUUUGCACAAUUCCUUUCUAUUUUUUGGAGUUUGUGAAUUUGGCCUGCUAAAAGUACUAUUUACUAGUACUUGCCUGUCUUAGACCCUGUUAAUUACUGUAUUUUCUGUUGAAUUUUAAAAUUCCAGAAAUAUGUGUAUGUUGAUACUUGAUAUGUUCAAUGUGUUUACCACAUAUCAAA